AUGGAUGCAACAUACAAUGAAUCAUUUGUGAUUUACGAACAAAUUCUGGAGAAAACUCCCGAUGAAAGGUCUGUUUUCAGUUGCAACAUCACUUCUCUGGUGCCGAUUGAAAACUUGUUCCUCCAAUUUUUGCUGCUUGUUCAAAAGUCAAAUUACGCUGCUUUCGAACCUGUAAUCAAGACUGGAUCUAUAAACAUGUGUGGAUUUUUGAAGAAUCAGAAAGGCAACAAGAUUCUUCGUAUGAUUUUCAACGGUAGUAAUGACAGUAAAAACUUUCCUAAAUCAUGUCCGAUCGAGCCCGGAUUUUACUUUUUCCACGGAUUCAAAUUUGACGAACAUUUAUUGCCACCACAUCCAUCAAAGCUGCUUGUAGACAGAAUUGAUGUCACCUACAAUGAAUCAUUUGUGAUUUAUGAACAACUUCUGGAGAAAACACCCGAUGAAAGUACGAUCUUCAGUUGCAAUGUGACUUACGUAACCAAAAUUGAAAAUUCAUUCCUGCAGUUCUUGUUGUUUGAGCAGAAGCCAAACGGUGUUUAUGAAUCUCUUGUUAAAAGUGGUCCUAUGAACAUGUGUGGAUUUUUUAAAAACCAGAAAGGCAAUAGGAUUUUUCGAAUGAUUUUCAGCGAUGAUAAAAGUAAUAGAAAAAUUAAAUUAGAAUUAAAGGAAAGAUUAUCGAUAUUCAUCGAAUACAUCAACAUGAAUAUUUACGACGAAAUCAAUGAUCGAAUUAAGUGGGAGAAGAAAAAAGAAAAGGAAAUGAAAAAGAAGAAGAAACUCGAAAAUGUUUAA